CAGAGAUUUCCAGGCUGUGACGACCCGGCAUGAACACUCCUGCUCCCUCAUACAAAUCUGUGUAGGACUACUAAAAUCAGAAUCUUCACAUUGAGCUGAUCAGUGCUGGUGGAAAUAUUAAGCGCCUUUAAGGAGCAGCAGCAGAGUCGCUGACAGAGCCUAAUAAGAUCUACACUGCACCAUGUGGGUAACAAACCUGGUCUCCCUGGUCCUCCUGGCCACCGCCGCCUCAGCUGCUACCUCAGCAUCAGCAGACAAAGUCCUGAGUAACCACGCCACCAUCCUGGCUGACAACAGCGCUAACUUAGCCUUCAGCCUCUACCAAAACAUGGCUAAGGAGAAAAACAUCGAAAACAUCCUGAUUUCCCCUGUAGUAGUGGCCUCCUCUCUGGGUCUGGUGGCACUAGGGGGCAAAGCGUCCACAGCCUCUCAGGUGAAAACCCUCCUGAAGGCAGAUAAGGUGAAAGACGAUCAGCUACACUCAGGCCUGGCUGAGCUCCUGACUGAGGUCAGCGACCCAAAGACCCGCAACGUCACCUGGAAGAUCAGCAACCGUCUGUACGGACCCAGCUCUGUCAACUUUGUGGAUGCUUUUGUGAAGAGCAGCAAAAAGCACUACAACUGUGAUCACUCCAAGAUCAACUUCAGGGAUAAGAAGACUGCUCUGAACUCCAUCAACGAGUGGGCCGCCAAGUCUACGGAUGGGAAACUGCCAGAGGUCACCAAAGAUGUGGAAAAGACUGAUGGAGCAAUGAUCAUAAAUGCUAUGUUCUUCAAACCUCACUGGGAUGAGCAGUUCCAUCAUCAGAUGGUGGACAACAGAGGAUUCAUGGUGUCUCGUGGCUUCACAGUGUCAAUACAGAUGAUGCAUCGCACUGGUUUGUACGGCUUCUAUGAAGACAAAACCAACAAUCUGAACAUCCUGAGCAUGCCUCUGGCUCAUAAGAAGUCGUCUGUGGUGUUCUUCCUGCCGUACCAUGUGGAGCCUCUGGACAGACUAGAGAAGCUGCUGACUAAAGCACAGCUGGAUACCUGGAUGGGCAAACUGAAGCAGACAGCCGUGGCCGUGUCUCUGCCCAAAGUCAGCAUGGAAGUCAGUCACAAUCUGCAGAAACACCUCGGAGAACUGGGCCUGACAGAAGCUGUGGACAAAGCCAAGGCCGACCUGUCCAACAUCUCAGGGAAGAAGGACCUGUACCUGUCCAGCGUGUUUCACGCCUCAGCUCUGGAGUGGGCCACCGAUGGGAACGAAAUGGACACCAGCAUCUUUGGCACAGACAAGCUGAAAGACCCCAAACUGUUCUAUGCCGACCACCCGUUCAUCUUCCUGGUAAAGGACCAGAAGACGAACUCCAUCCUGUUCAUUGGCAGGAUGGUGAGGCCGAAGGGUGAAAAGAUGAGAGAUGAGUUAUAACCACAUGAUCCCAUUAAGUUAAAGUCCUGAGUGUGUGUGACAAGCCCUUCUUACAUUUAAUCAGAAACUAAAAGAGGAGUUUAAUCCUGUGGGAAUACCGUUUCAACAUGUCACAAUAUCAGUGUUAAUUAGUAAAAAUGUAAAGUUGGGAUAUCUGUAGCACUAUUUUGGCAUGUUGUAAAAAUAUUUUCACAUUAACAUUGCAAAAUCUCAGUUCUGAGAACUUUCUAAAAACAAUUCUGCUAUAAAGCCCCACUAAACUGAUUUCAAACAUUUAAAAAAUGAACUAUAUCCUUGAGAUCAUGGAAGCCAGAGAUUUACUUGCUUUUCACCCUGCAUACGUAUAAUUUCCUGCUGCGUCGGCUGCCUCUACACGACCUAUGUUACUGGAGGACACCACUAGCAAAUGUGCCAAACAGCUCAGUUGUAGACAAACCUGAAACAUGGAAACACUUCUGAGAUCAGAACCAAUAUGAUAUUAACAUUAAUAACCAAUAGAAACAUAAGAUCAGUUUAGACUGAUGGCUGGUGGUCAGAACAUAUCAUCUGCACUUUGUUAAUUUAACAUUUUCAUCCAUGAAUAGACGAAACACUCCUGGUGUAUUGGUUCAAUUAGUGGCUGUGCUGACUGGUGACUUUUAGCUUACUUUGUGGAUUUGAUCAUUAGAAAAGACAGAAGGAGUCCUUGUGAAUGACCCUUUCUUACAUUUUUUGUUAUUGUGUGACAAUACUUUGGACUCAGAGGUGAGGUUAUUGCCCCACUGGUGCCCCAUUGUUUAAGGUAUUACCAUUAAAUUCCCUUUUGAAGGCUCUGUGGUAGAUAAACAUACCAAAGUGCCCUCUAGGGUGCCCUUCAAAAUGUAGCAAAUGGCCCUCUUUGGUGACUUUUAGUGAGUUAGAUUUAACAAAGUACCAUAGGGUCCCUUUAAAGUGGGUAUACAUUAAUAAAGUGCCCUCUGUGUGUCAUCUAAGUGUGCAAAAGUUUUCAAAUUGUCAUCAAGGCUGCCUACCAAGUAACCUGACACACCAGAUGGAUGUGUUUCACACAUCCAUCUGGGAAACCUUCAAUAGGAAAUGUUUGAGAAAAGGCAGAGGCUUUGAAAAAAACUUGGAGUGUGAUUGGAUGAGUGUU